AUGCUCAAGCCUGUGCCAGAUAACCUCUGCCCUCAGGAACAGCCCAGUCCAUUACCUGGGAACAGGAUCGAGACCGAAGAAGAGGACGAGGAGCCAUUUGUUUUUGUGGUCCGCGGACCUGUCCCAGGAGUAGCGGCUACAACCUCUCCACCACAGGCAGGUAUAACCGCCCCUACAGUUAAUGACUCUCCUCCCUCUGCUAUGCACUCAGUGGCCCUCGCAGGCCAAGAGCCGGAGUCGGGAGGUCACAGAAGAACAACCCGGGUCACAGCUGGUCGACAUCCAAAUCCCCAUCGUCUCCCUGCUACGUUGGGAGGGGCUGCUACCUCCCGGGUCGGGGGUGCGCCCAGGGGGAAGCGUGCAAAGACGAAGGCUCCGACGGUUGUUGAUGCUCUGUCCACGGAGGAGAUGAACAAAGACCAGUUGGAGGAGCACAUCGUCCCCCUCAGGGAGGAGUUGGAUCGUGAGCGGGAGGAGAAAAGUUUCUUCCAGUUGGAGCGAGACCGGAUCCAGAGUCUGUGGGAGACCAGCCUCCGAGACCUAGACCAGGUCGAGACCGAGCUGAACCAGUCCAGGAGAGAGAGGGAGGAGGCAGAGGAGCGCCACCGCAUGGAGCUCAAUCAGCAGGAGAAGAGGAUUCAGCAGGAGGUGCAGCAGGUACAGGAGGAGGCCAGCAGGAGGAGCAGUGAGCUGAAGCAGGAGCAGCAGCGCCUCCUGAUGGUCACGGAGCAGCACUACAGUAGCCUGAGGAGGAGACUGGAGCAGGAGCAGAAGGAGCUCACGGACCAGCAGCAGGAGCUCAGGGAGGAGCUCUCCAGAGUCCACAAGAAGCUAACCACCUCCCAGAAGGAGAACCUCCGUCUGAAAGAGAAGCUCGAGGAGGCCCAGAUGGAGGUCCCAGAGCUGAGGAGGAGAUUGGAGCUCAAAGAGGAGGACAAGAGGAAAGAGAAGGUGAUUGGUCAGAAGCAGAAGGUUGUGGAGCAGCAGCUCAGAGCUUUGAAGACGGAGAAGACUCUGCUGCAGCAGGCGUUUAGACAGGUGCAGAGGGAGAGGGACCAGCUGAAGGACUCUCACCUGGAGCUGGAGCUGCAGCUGCAGAGGAGGAACGGCCUGAAGGAGGCGCUACUGACACACAAACUGAGAGAGCUACAGACCAGUCUGAACCGGGUCUGA